AACUUUUGCUUCGAAGUGUUUUCAGCUUGUGAAAUGCGAGGACUUCCUCUUGAAGCCGCAGUUUUCUGUUACAGGAAGUCGUUAGAGAUGAGUUGUUGUCAUGGGCCUGUGCCCCGGAAGGACCGGCCCGGUUCGGCGCGGGUCCUGGUGACUGAGCUGAGUGGAUCAGGUCACAUCAACCCAACUCCUACCACUAAACCCUGCGAGGACCCAGAGACAGAAGUGGAGCUUCACCUCUCUGCAGAGAAGCUGAAAUCACUAUGUGGAACUUGGGACCUCUCAUUCGUGACCUCGCUGGAGUUCUGCGUAGACACACAAGAAACUACACUGGGCAACUUUGGUGCCCUCUUGCCCAAGCUUGUUCAGCUGAAAAUGAACAACAGCGCGAUCAUGUCAGUGAGAGACUUGGGAACCACCCUCUCCCAUCUGCAGGUGCUGUGGAUGUCUCGCUGCUGCCUACAAGACCUAGAUGGCAUUUCUACUUUCUCUUGUCUGAAGGAGCUGUAUGUGGCCUACAACAGCGUGUCAGACCUGAGUCAGCUUGGCAUGAUGGAGAACCUGCAGCUUUUGGAUCUGGAAGGGAACGAUGUGGAUGAUUUAGUCCAGGUCCAGUAUCUGGGGUUAUGUGGCAAACUCCAGAAAGUCACCCUGGAGGGAAAUCCUGUGUGUGUUCGCCCAACCCCCACUGCCACUCAGACGUCAGACUAUAGAUAUCGGGCUGCAGUGAGGGAGUUGGUCCCUCAGCUUCAUUACCUUGACAAUGUAAGGGUUGAGGAUGAUGGUCUGAGCUGCAGCAGCACCAUGGGAGAAGACUGGGCCGUUCUCCGAAACUCCAUCAGAGACUGUAGCCCCUCCCAGAGCGCCACUGAGGACGAGGAGACAGCAGAGGGUGCGUGGCCGGACAGCAGACCCAGCUCAGCCAGGCGCCCUGCUUCCAGCCGCUCCUGUGUCUGGCCACUCUCAUCAGCGGGCUCCAGACCCCAGACUGGCUCCAGACCCAUGUCAGCGACCAGGUCCAGGGUACUCUCCCCUCCUGGAUCCAGACCUGGUUCUGCGGACUCUGAUAUAGCAGCAGUGGAAGCAGAAACCAGCAUCCUGACACAUGGAGCUGGUAAGAUCGUGUACUGUGGAAACCCAGUCCAAGCUAUUCGAGCGAGGCGCGAGAAGCUGAAGACGGCGCCCACCAAGUCUACUUUUACCCCCCGCGAUCUGCUCAUCCACGUACCAGAGCACACGUACGACCUUGAGGAGCCUGAUGUUAGGGAACGUGGAGAUGUAUUCGCUGAACUCAGAGCUUGGCGGGAGCAGCACAGCAGGCGUCUCCAGGCCAUAGAGACGGAAAGAGUACCACAGGUCCUGGCUAUUCAACACAGUGAUGAAGAAGAGGAGGGAGAUGAUGAUAAUGUUGAUGAUGAUGAAGAAGAAGGUUUUGGUAGGAUGGGGAAUGACAGGAGUGAUGAAGAACAUGGAGGGGAGAGGCGUGGUGAAAGCCAAGAUUCCUCGUUUCAGUCUCUCUCCCCAGACCUGCAUCACAGAGAAGCCAUACCCCCUGACAUGGCUCGGCUGUCCCUGUCCUCAGACACCUCGCUGUCCCCUUCUCCCCCUGUCAGUGCCACAGCAGCUCCUGGGAAUCGCAAACCGCAAGGGUUUCGUGCACGUCGGCUUCGACUCAGCCAGGCCGACUCAGAACAUUUACCUGUUUCCGGCAAAGCAAGGUGCUCCCACCAGAUAGGCACAGCAGCAGGACACAUAGAGCGGGAACUCCAGCAGGUCCAGCAGGUGACCAGGACGAGGUUACCUCAGGUUGCACACAUACACCGCCCGCCACCAACAAGUGCCCCAGCUGAAGGGCAUAUGGAUCCAUGUGUGGACGUGGACUCUUCCAGUGCACAGUCCGGCAACAAGCCCCGCCACGUCCCUCAGAUGUCCAAGCUCCCACACAGGCCAGCAAUCACUCGUCCUCACACAGCCAGGGCCGCGCUGCAGAAACAUCACCCACACCACACACUCCAGCCCUGCAGAGGGAGCUCACACCCAGACUGACACAAGAAUGGGCUGACGCGUUGCAAGGGACGAGUAUGAAUAGUGUGUUAUUGUUCCUUAUCAUUAAAAACAUGGAAUAGCAGGGGAGGCCAUUGAACAGGACUUUGUUCUGAACCUCACUCGCACCAUGUUUUAAGGUGUAUGUCGGGAUUUCCAGUAUUUUUCCAUGAGAUGUUCUUUCUCUCUUUUUUUUUUAAGAUGAAGUAGAUAUUGAAAGCAGAAACUCUACUAUUGGAACCAACCUCCUUUCAAAUAAGUAACGCAAAUGUUUUUGGAGGAUAUGAUGUAAUGAAAUAAUCCCUCUUUUAGAAUUAAUGUUGGGUGUAAUUAAUAACCUUACAUUUCUAUUUCUCAGGUUGAAAUGUUUCACUAUUUACACUCAAGUGUUACCUUGUAUAAAAAUAAAUAAA